AUGGAUCAGAUCCAAAAUAAUCAACAUCAUCUGAAUCAUUCUACAAAUUCAAACGAAAACACGACCUCGACCUCUUCCAAUUCUCCAUCCGCGCGACAGAGGCAGCUUCAGUUCCAGCUCCAGCAGCAGCGUCUCCUUGUCCAGCAGCAGCAGCAGCAGCUCUACAGCCUUCUGCCGCCGCAAAUUUCCCAGGGUCAGCUACACAAUCACAGCGCAACAGCCGCUCCCUCGUCUUCCUCGUAUUCCCCCCACUCCCUUCUCCCCCCUAUCGCGGGCCCUUCCGGCUCAUAUUAUACCGACGAUUUGAACUCGCCAACGCACACUACCCCACCUACAUCUGCCUCAGCGUCCAGCGCCGUACCCACCGGUUGGCCGAAUCACCAUCGCACCUCAAAUUCCAGAGACGAGCUUCAUCCAUCGCGCCAGCAGCAACAGCCGCGUUACGAACAAGAACAAUAUCAAUUUCAGCAGCAGCAGCACGAGCAACACCACAACCUGCAGCGCGAUCAGCAGCAACAACAGCAACAACAACAGCAGCAGCAGCGCCAAUUUAAACGAGAACGGGAGGAACCGAUGGCUUAUAACAAAGACGAUAAAAGUAGUGUGGGUGCGAGUGGCUCCUCCGGUCCUCAACAACCUCCUGCUCGAGGCUCAGAAGACGCCAUGCCGUCUACGAGCGACUUUGUGAAAAAGCUUUACAAGAUGCUUGAAGAUCCUAACUUCCAGUCUGUGGUGUGUUGGGGUCCAUUGGGAGAUUGCUUUGUCGUCAAGGACAUGAACGAAUUUACGAAAUCAAUCCUUCCGCGGAUGUUCAAACACUCCAAUUUCGCGUCGUUUGUACGCCAAUUGAACAAAUACGACUUCCACAAGGUGAAGAACACCGACGAUAAUCAGUUCGGGGAACACAGCUGGACGUUCCGACAUCCUGACUUCCACGCGGAUAGGCGGGAUGCCCUCGAAAAUAUCAAACGCAAAGUUCCCGCUCAGCGUAAACCUGCCGCGCAGCAGAACUCUAUCUCCGCUACUGGCGCUCUCCCUUCCCAGUCGUCGGCGUACGGCGCACAACCUCUCUCAUCAUCGUCACUUCCCUAUCCCCUCUCCUCUGAACACCACCACCACCGAUCCGAAUCCCCCUCGUCACUGGCCAGCCAGGCCCAGCUUAAGGCCGAAAUUCAACGCCUUAAAGAUGAGGGUGAGGACCUGCGCGGUAGGAUUCGGAAUCUCGAACGAAAUUAUGAAAACGUCCUCGUGGAGAUGGUCGGAUUCCAGAGGGGAAUGGCGCAGCAAGACGGCUUGAUGCAAAGUCUCAUUGCUUACUUUUUGGGAAGCGAGAGUGGAAAGCUGAAGGCAUCGACAUCGUCGUCGAGCCAGAAUGCGCACAACCAAUCCCCGAUGGCGGGGGGUGCGACAUCUCCCAGCGGUGCAAUGUACUCGCCGAGCCAGGGUCCACCCGCAGGAUCCAGUUCGAGUUCGAUGAAGGCCACUGCACACCAGCUGCUCAAGCAGCAGAUCCAAGCGCACCUGCAGAAUCAGCAGCAAAACCAAAACCCCUCGGGCCUUCUUUCCUCCCGCGCUGUCCCGUCGCAGGUGCCACCGCCCCCGCCGCCCACUGCCCAGGCACUGCAGGCGCAGCUGCGCGAGAGCCAGCGGCGGUAUGCUUCUGGGAGUAGUAGCAGCGAGACUUUGCAGUCGACGUCGGGGGAGCAGCUGCAGCAGUACGCUAUCCAGCAGGAGGAUGGCGGUAGACAGCGGCAGGCUUCAGGCGGAUACAAUUUCCAGCCUCAGAACGUCGCGGAGGAUACUUCGAGGAGCUGGAAUAGUGCCGAGUACGGUCGCGCUCAGCAGCAGCCACACCCGCCGCCACCGCUUCCUCAGACACAGGAGCCUCAGCAGCAGCCCCAGCAGCAGGCGCAGGCGCAGCAGACGUCGCCGCAGCAAAAGUUCAAUCGCGCGGACGCACUGGCGCAGAUCCGCGAGAUGCACCGCGAGCGGCUGAGUCAAGGCGGGUGGGCAGGCGGUGUCAACGUGCUUGAUCGCAUGGACCGUGGGGGUUACGGCGAUGGUCAGGAUCAGCAGCAACAACAACGACAAGACUUCGAGAAAGGCUUGAUUGGCAGCGGGGGUAGUCAUAUGGAAGCAGCUGAUCAGCGAGGCUUCGUGGGUGCCGGCGGUGAGGACAUUUCUGGGACAGAGUCUGGGCAAAGAAGUAGAAGCGAUAGCUCAGCGUUUCUUGAUGACGAGGGUCGCGACUCCAGGGAUCUGUCACCAGAAGAAUACGUCAUGCCUUCUGCCAAUACUCAGCCUCUGCGGCCCUCUGACUUGCUACCGGACGGACGCACGAAUGUUCAAGACCAGCGGCAACAAGCUUCGUCGUCGUCGUCGUCAUCCACUUCCUGGGACAAGAUGAUGCCUUCCUCGUUUAACCUUGGUCCUGUUGCGGGAUUCAGCGGCCAGAACAUGGAAGCUACUGAAGCUGAACUGGCCCGCGAAGGGUUGCAGGUCUACACUGUCGGCCAUCUCUUACCACGGAACGCAUAUUCUGAAGACGCUCAAGGCAACUGGAGCUUCGAUCCGAGUACGCUGAGCAUGGGUGGGAUGCUCGGAGGCCUCGGUCUCCCGGAAGGGAGCAGCACAGAUUCAGGAUACGCCAACGGGGAUAACGAAGAAACUGUUCAGCCUACGGUGCCCAGCUCGAUUGACGCUGGUUCUUCUGGUCAGGGAUCGUCGUCGUCGUCGACUUCUGCGGAAUCUCAAAAACUUCGUGUGCGGCGGUCGACGUUUGUGCCGGGAUGGGCUGUCCCGCCGCGAGUCCUCCUCGUUGACGAUGAUGCUGUGAGCAGGAAGCUUAGCAGCAAGUUUUUGAAAGUCUUUGGUUGUACGAUUGACGUUGCUGUGGAUGGUAUUGGGGCAGUCAACAAGAUGAAUUUGGAGAAAUAUGACCUUGUGCUAAUGGACAUCGUGAUGCCCAAACUCGACGGUGUGUCAGCUACGAAUCUGAUUCGCAAAUUCGACAAAGGAACGCCGAUCAUCUCGAUGACGAGCAACUCCAAGCCGAAUGAAAUCAUGACCUACUACUCGUCGGGUAUGAACGACAUCCUCCCUAAACCAUUCACUAAGAAGGGUUUGUUGGACAUGCUUGAGAAACAUCUCAUGCAUCUCAAAGUCAUCCAGCAAAUGGCGAAAAUACCUCGAUCGGUUGGAUUACCCCCGCUGUCUGAUGCGAAUUUCGAGCAGGCGAUUACUGCAUCCGCCAACAACCUUUUCAUGCUUCAACAACAGGGAGGCUCUCCGUCCAACGCGCUCACGCCUGCGUUCAGCUCAAACCCUUCGACCUCUGAUACCGCUGGUCCUCUAUCCGCUCCUUCACCGUUCAACUUUCAAUUCUUUGGAGAUGGGACGGACGAUGAUGUCCGAAUUAAUCCACUGGCGGGUAUGGGCCUCAGCGACGAACAAUAUGGCAUCAUUUUGCAGAACAUCGUCAACGGUGAUGGGUUUAUGGGUAUGAUGGAGUCGAUGGGUGGCACGAACCCUAAUCAGAUGUCUCUUUCGGGAGAGAAAAGGCCACUCGAUGAUCCUGAAGACGAACGGGACGGGAAAAGGAGCAGAUUCGAAGUAAUUGAGUGA